GCCCUCCUGCUACUACUACUCCUACUAUGCUGGCAGCAUUGCUGGAGUAACUUCACUGCUGGCUGGGGGCAGUAGUGGCUGUGCAUGCUAUGCCCUGUACCACAGGCACUUGGAGUAAAUCAGGGACUGGAGCAGGAGCUUCUUCUAGAUAGACCUGCCUGGAGCCGGCACUUGGCUUAGGCUUUGCAGGUCGAUCAAUGGAUCUUUUAUGCCCCUGGAUGAAGUAUGAAGGCUGGGAGUAACACUUGGAGUCCAGCUGAUCCUGCUCGCUAUUAAUUGUGAGGAGCCCUCCCACCCCCCGGAGCAGCUCAAGUCUAGCAUGUCAGAUGUCCUAUCGUACAGAUCCGUUCUUCCUGGAUGAAGUCACAGCAUCUAUAGGGCCAUCCUAUUGUGUCUUAUGGGAGUCUUAUCUGCACUAACAAGCAUCCAUCAAGAUAGUCAGACCACAGCUGAUCCUGCCGGAGUAAACUUAUUUUAAUUUUUUUCCCCCUUGGCUGCUUUCAUGUGAUCAUUGUUCAGAUCUGAUGAGAAAGGGAAGACCAUUGUAAUUGAGGAUAAUAACCCUUUCACUACUGUGUACUGGUGUCCCAGCUCUGCACUGUGCAAUGAACAUGCUCCCCUGGCUCCUCUUCCUCCUCACUGGCUGGACUAUCUGCGAAAAGUUCUCCCUAUGUUAUGGCCUUGACUACGAUUUUCCUUAUGACGCUGAAGAGGAAAAACCUGAGGUCAUUGACUACAAGGAUCCUUGUAAAGCUGAAGUCUUUUGGGGAGACAUUGCCUUAGAUGAAGAAGAUUUAAAAAACUUUAAAAUAGACCGAACAAUUGACCUCACACAGCAUGUAAAUGAACACUUGGGACAUACCACAGGUGGCCUUGAAGAGCAUGAACUGUCCAAAAAAAAAGGAGCACUCUAUCAGCUUAUAGACAGGAUAAGAAGAUUUGGCUCUGGUUACGAGCACACAAAUGCAACGGGUGAAAAAGCAGAUCUGAAACCCUCAGGGAAAAGUGAGAAGAGGAGAAUUCCCAGAGCUGCUACAUCACGCACAGAAAGAAUAUGGCCUGGAGGGGUUAUUCCAUACGUUAUUGGAGGCAACUUCACUGGAAGCCAGAGAGCCAUGUUCAAGCAGGCCAUGAGACACUGGGAGAAACACACCUGUGUUACCUUCAUAGAGCGCACUGAUGAGGAAAGCUACAUUGUGUUUACAUAUAGACCUUGUGGGUGCUGUUCUUAUGUGGGUCGAAGGGGAAAUGGCCCUCAAGCAAUAUCAAUUGGCAAAAACUGUGAUAAGUUUGGAAUUGUGGUUCAUGAACUAGGUCAUGUGAUAGGCUUUUGGCAUGAGCACACCCGACCGGACCGAGAUGAUCAUGUGACUAUUAUCAGGGAAAAUAUUCAACCAGGCCAGGAGUACAACUUUCUGAAAAUGGAACCCGGAGAAGUGAACUCACAAGGAGAGGCAUAUGAUUUUGAGAGCAUCAUGCAUUAUGCACGGAACACCUUCUCAAGGGGUAUGUUUUUGGAUACAAUUCUUCCCUCCCGAGAUGAAAAUGGUUUGCGACCUUCUAUUGGGCAGCGCACACGGCUCAGUGUAGGAGACAUUGCACAGGCAAGGAAGCUGUAUAGAUGUCCAGCAUGUGGCGAAACAUUACAAGAUUCUACAGGCAAUUUUUCAUCUCCUGGAUUUCCAAAUGGCUACCCUUCCUAUACUCAUUGCAUUUGGAGAAUUUCUGUGACCCCAGGCGAAAAGAUUGUUUUAAAUUUCACUACUAUGGAUGUCUACAAGAGCAGCCUGUGCUGGUAUGACUAUAUUGAAGUCCGAGAUGGCUACUGGAGAAAAUCUCCAUUGCUGGGCAGGUUUUGUGGUGAUAAACUCUCAGAAGUCUUGAUAACAACAGACAGCCGAAUGUGGAUUGAGUUCCGAAGCAGUAGUAAUUGGGUGGGGAAGGGGUUUGCUGCAGUUUAUGAAGCAAUUUGUGGUGGAGAGAUCCACAAAGAUUCUGGGCAGAUCCAGUCUCCCAAUUAUCCAGAUGACUACCGGCCAUCGAAGGAAUGUAUAUGGAAAAUAACAGUAGCAGAUAAUUACAAUGUUGGAUUAACCUUUCAGGCGUUUGAGAUUGAGCGCCAUGACACCUGUGCUUACGAUUACUUGGAAGUAAGAGAUGGCAGCAGUGAAAACAGCCCUCUCAUUGGACAUUUCUGUGGCUAUGACAAGCCGGAUGAUAUCAGAUCUACCUCGAAUACCCUGUGGAUGAAAUUUGUUUCCGAUGCAACUGUGAACAAAGCAGGGUUUGCUGCUAACUUCUUAAAGGAGGAAGAUGAGUGUGCCAAACCAGACAACGGGGGUUGUGAACAACGCUGUGUGAACACUCUGGGAAGUUAUAAAUGUUCUUGUGAUCCCGGCUAUGAGCUUGGUCCAGACAAGAAAAGCUGUGAAGCUGCAUGUGGGGGAUUGUUAACCAAACUCAAUGGAACUAUAACUACCCCAGCAUGGCCCAAGGAAUAUCCUCCUAAUAAGAACUGUGUGUGGCAGGUGGUUGCACCUUCACAGUACAGGAUAUCGGUGAAGUUUGAAUACUUUGAACUAGAGGGUAAUGAGGUUUGCAAAUAUGACUAUGUUGAGAUUCGAAGUGGCCUAUCCUCCGAUUCGAAGUUACAUGGAAAGUUCUGUGGGACUGAAGUGCCUGAGGUUAUUACCUCCCAAUACAACAAUAUGAGAAUAGAAUUUAGGUCUGAUAAUACGGUAUCAAAAAAGGGCUUCCGUGCACACUUUUUUUCAGACAAAGAUGAAUGCUCUAAAGAGAAUGGAGGCUGCCAACAUGAAUGCAUCAAUACUAUUGGUAGCUAUGUCUGUCAGUGCCGCAAUGGAUUUGUACUCCAUGAGAAUAAACAUGACUGCAAAGAAGCUGAAUGCGAGCACAGAAUUCAUAGCCCUAAUGGAGUGAUAACAAGCCCCAACUGGCCAGACAAGUAUCCAAGUCGGAAAGAAUGCACUUGGGAAAUAAGUGCCACUCCAGGCCAUAGGGUUAAACUAGCAUUUGGCGAAUUUGAGAUUGAGCAGCAUCAAGAGUGUGCUUAUGACCAUCUGGAGAUUUUUGAUGGUGAAACAGAGAAGUCUUCUAUCCUGGGACGAUUAUGUGGUAAUAAGAUCCCAGAGCCUUUGGUUGCCACAGGAAAUAAGAUGUUUCUCCGUUUUGUGUCGGACGCAUCUGUACAACGGAAAGGUUUUCAGGCCACGCAUUCCACAGAGUGCGGAGGUAGACUGAAACCAGAAUCCAAGCCAAGAGACUUGUUUUCACAUGCUCAGUUUGGAGACAACAAUUACCCAGUCCAGGCAGAUUGUGAGUGGUUGUUGGUGACAGAAAGAGGUCUUCGGGUUGAACUCAGCUUCCCAACAUUUGAGGUGGAAGAAGAAGCAGACUGUGGUUAUGACUAUAUGGAGCUCUUUGAUGGUCACGAUACAUCUGCAAUGCGGCUAGGAGGUUUCUGCGGAUCAGGGCCUCCAGAAGAAAUUAUAUCCAGCGGGGAUGCAAUACUAAUUCAUUUCCAUACUGAUGAUACAAUCAGCAAGAAGGGAUUUCAUAUACGAUACAAAAGCGUGAAGUAUCAAGAUACCCUACACACCAAAUAACACAUGAAACCUCUGCAGCUGAAAAAUGGGGGAUUAAAGGCCGCACAUGUGAACUUUGAAAAGGAAGUGUUUUUUUUUUUGUUUUUUUUUAAACGUUAUUAGUACAAAGGUUUUAUAUCGUAAUUAAAAUUGGAAGCAUCGACAUAAGGAACUGCACUGGCCAGUCAUGGACGAAUUAUUGUAGCAAAAGACGUUGAUAAAAUGGUCUCAAGUGCACUACCAUAGCAGACGUUGAACAAAGUGUUUUUGCAUGCUGCUAGGGAAGCUUUUGGGGAAUUCACAAAAAUGACAACUUAUAGGAUUGUGUGCAAUAUAUUGGUUUUUAUGUUCUUGUUUUCAACAACAUAUAUAUGACACAGGAGGAGGUUGUCCAUCUUACGGCGGUUUUAGGAUAUAUUCACAGGCACAAAAUGAAAAAAAAAGUGGUGAUUUCAACAGAGAAUAUUUAUAUUCGACAGAAGCCAUUCUGAGUUCCUUUUUGUGAAUUUCCCCUUAAGCGCUUUCAUACUUAGCUUGACAUUUGUCAAUGCUCCCUGCAAGAUCACUCUGCACCGUUCAUUGAAAGUCAUCCCAAGGACAGCUCUAUCUUGUGACUAUUGUCUGAGAAGAAAUAAAAGACAAGAUGAAAAGUUCCUGCAGGCCACUGACUCAUGUGUUCACAGAAUUCCUCAGACUGGACUUUUGUGCUUUGCAGGCAGCUUAUCAUGCAAACAAAAUGGCAUACAGAAUGCGAAAUAAGAAGAUCUUUAGGAGAUGUUCGGGAACCCGGUCAGGACUCCUCCAUUUAUCCAGUUACACAAAGAUGCUUAGGAUGUGCGAACUUAAAGCCUCUUUGUCUCCACACAGACGUCUGCUUUACAUCCGAGAAAACAGCCACUUUUGUUCCUUUCGUUAUAACCAUCAUUUAUGUGAAUGUAACAUUCUCUUUCCUCCACUACAUUCAUAGUGUGAAUGCUGUUCAGUAAAGGAGGUUUUCAAUUUACUCAUCUAACAUGCCAUAUGUUGUACUGCACUGUUACAAACAUAAUCAGGGACUUGUUAGUGGUUUUCAAGUCUGUCCUACUUCUCAGACUCCUUGUUUUCUGAGGGGAAUAAAAGUAAAAAAUAAAAUGAAGCUGCAGUCAGGAACUAUAAUCAGCUGAAUUGCAAAACCCGAAAUCCAGACUCCAGUUUCAGUAUCCAUCUUUAUAAUGGCUGCUAUUUCAUUAGUGUGUAACUAUUAAGGACAAACUUUAAUUCAGACUCCAUUAAAUGCAGAGAUUUCAGUAGUGGCUGUACAAAAAAAAAAAACCUUAGACUAUAUAUUCCGCUUAUACAUAACAUGUUAUUGGAUGAAAUCUCCAAUGGUGCUAUAUCCGUUAUGAAAACACACUACAAAUAUUCUGAUAAAGAGAAAAAAUAUAUAUAUAAUUGAGCCAACAAAAGUGAGAAUUAUGAAUGUGUCCUAUGACGUCUACAUACCAUGACUAAAGACUCCUGAAGUAUAUGGAGAACUCCUUGCAAUUUUAGCUCUGCGUCCUGUGGAACAACAAUUGUUGCCUUAGAAUUCUUGCACAUGAUCGAAGCGAUCUUCUUGUAGAUACAUCUGUAAUUUGAUAUGCCUCUGGACAACUUUAACAUUUUAACAUAUGUUACAAAGGAUCUUUAAGGACAUUUUAGACAUAGCUCGAGCAUAUACUGUAUAUAUAACAAGCUGCUUCCUCGGUAGGUGUACUGUGUUCUUUUUAAACUGUUCUGUUACGUGCUUUUAGACAUUGUACAGCCAUGAUGUAUCUGCUAUUGUCAAUUUGUAUGAAUGUACAUGUUCCAGGUGUGUGAAAUAUCUUGUAUAGUCGACCAGUUCAUUGUUACGUUAUGUGCCAAAUGGUUUUAUUUUUAAUAUUUUUUCCUAUCAACAGUAGCAACUUUUUAUUUAAAGUUGUCAUAUGCAGAUAGCUAUGGUUUAUUUAAGAGAUUGAUUCCUGUAUGUUUUAUUAAAUACAAAUCUGGUUUUGAUAUGCAUCAAACAUCUGUUAUCUCAC